AUGCCUCUCCUCAACGGAAAAGCAAACACGGCCUUUAUUGGUGCCAUUGAUCAGGGCACCACAAGCUCGCGCUUCCUGAUCUUUGACCCCAGUGGCGAUGUUGUUGCCACGCAUCAGAUUGAGUUUAAGCAGUACUAUCCUCAUCCUGGAUGGCAUGAGCAUGAUCCUGAGGAGCUUAUAAGCUCUGUUGAGCAGUGCAUUGACGGUGCUGUUGAAACCUUUGAGAGCCAAGGUCACUCAAGAGAGCAGAUCAAGGCCGUUGGUAUCACAAACCAGCGAGAGACAACUGUGGUCUGGGACAAGACUACUGGCAAGGCUCUGCACAACGCCAUUGUCUGGACAGACACAAGAGCGAAAGAUCUCGUGCGUCGCCUCAAGCGCCGUCUUGGCUCUAGCGAGCUGAUCGGACGAUGUGGAAUUCCUCUCUCCACAUAUCCAUCCGUCAGCAAACUGCUCUGGCUUCUUGACAACAUUCCCGAAGUCAAAGAUGCGUAUGAGCGCGGUGUUUUGGCGUUUGGAACGGUCGACACAUGGUUGACCUACAAGCUCAACGGUGCGACUGAUCGCGAUGUCUACGUUUCUGACCCGUCAAAUGCGUCACGAACCAUGUUUAUGAAUCUUGAGACUCUCAAGUAUGACGAGGACAUUCUUGACUGGUUCCGCAUCGAUGAUUCCAAGAUUACGCUGCCAAGAAUUGUGCGCUCUUCAGACAACAAGGCCUACGGAUCACUGGCUGGUACGUCUCUCAAGGGAGUCAAGAUCACCGGAUGUCUGGGCGACCAGUCUGCAGCUCUUGUCGGACAGAAGGCCUUUACCCCCGGUCUCGCCAAGAACACGUACGGCACAGGCUGCUUCUUGCUCUACAAUGUGGGCAAAAAGCCAGUUAUUUCGUCGCACGGCCUGUUGACAACGGUCGCCUUUGACUUUGGCGAGGGCAACACCAUGUACGCUCUAGAAGGCAGCAUCGCGGUGGCGGGCUCCAGUGUCAAGUUCCUCGUGGACAACUUUGGCUUCAUCGAGUCGUCGGCCAAGCUCAGCGCUCUGGCCGAGACGGUGGAGGACAAUGGUGGGUGCACCUUUGUUACGGCCUUUAGCGGCCUGUUUGCGCCGUACUGGAUUGACGAUGCGCGAGGCACCAUCUUUGGUAUCACGUCGUACACACAGCGUGGGCACAUUGCGAGGGCGACGCUCGAGGCGACGUGUUUCCAAACAAAGGCCAUUCUCGACUCGAUGGAGAAGGACAGCGGACAUGCCUUGACCGAGCUUGCUGUGGACGGUGGCAUGUGUAACUCGGAUCUGAUCAUGCAGACCCAGUCAGAUCUUAUUGGAAUCCCAGUCAACAGACCCGGCAUGCGUGAGACGACAGCAUUGGGAGCGGCCAUUGCAGCGGGUUUCGCCGUUGGUAUCUGGAAGAGCUUUGAUGACUUGAAGGAGGUCAACACCCAAGGCCGAACCAUCUUCAAGCCGCAGAUUGCCGAGGAGGAGGCGACAAAGCGGUUUGGACGUUGGACCAAGGCCGUCGAGAUGUCCAAGGGCUGGGCCAAUGAGUGA